AUGGGGACAGGGGAAAGGGCAGGAGGAACGGGGAAGGAGCAGGGGCAGGAGGAACGGGGAAGGAGCAGGGGCAGAAGUAGGGGACAGGGAAAAGGGGCAGGAGGAAGGGGCAGUGGCAAGGGAAGGGGAAGGGGCAGGAGGAAGGGAGCAGUGGCAAGGGAAGGGGACAGGGGGAAGGGGCAGCAGGAAGGGGUAGGAGCAGGGGACAGGAGGAAGGGGCAGGAGGAAGGGAGCAGAGGGGCAGGAGCAGGUGCAGGGGACAGGGGGAAGGGGCAGGAGGAAGGGGCAGUGGUAGGGGACAGGGGAAGGGGCAGGAGGAAGGGAGCAGGGGCAAGGGAAGGGAAGGGGACAGGGGCAAGGGGCAGGAGGAAGGGGGUAGGAGCAGGGGACAGGAGGAAGGGAGCAGAGGCAGGAGAAGGGGACAGGGGGAAGGGGCAGGAGGAAGGGGGAAGGAGCAGGGGCAGGAGCAGGUGCAGGAGGAAGGGGCAGGAGGAAGGGGCAGUGGUAGGGGACACGGGAAGGGGCAGGAGGAAGGGAGCAGGGGCGAGGGAAGGGAAGAGGGGCAGGAGGAAGGGGGUAGGAGCAGGGGACAGGAGGAAGAAGGCAGAGGCAGGAGAAGGGGACAGGGGGAAGGGGCAGGAGGAAGGGGCAGUGGUAGGGGACAGGGGAAGGGGCAGGAGGAAGGGAGCAGGGGCGAGGGAAGGGAAGGGAAGAGGGGCAAGGGGCAGGAGGAAGGGGGUAGGAGCAGGGGACAGGAGGAAGAAGGCAGAGGCAGGAGAAGGGGACAGGGGGAAGGGGCAGGAGGAAGGGGCAGUGGUAGGGGACAGGGGGAAGAGGCAGGAGGAAGGGGGUAGGAGCAGGGGCAGGAGGAAGGGAGCAGAGGCAGGAGAAGGGGACAGGGGGAAGGGGCAGGAGGAAGGGAACAGGGGCAAGGGAAGGGGGCAGGGGGUAGGAGUAGGGGUAAGGGACAGGAGGAAUGGGCAGGAGGAAGGUGGUAGAAGUAGGAGCAGGAGACAGGGGGAAGGGGCAGGAGAAAAGGGGUAG